ACGCUUAUUACGUGCAGCAAUGGCCAUGCGUAUAGGAACAUGGCCGACACAUCAACUGUUCGAGCUCCUACUUCCUUGCGAGAAUUGGCGCCUUGCCUGCUCCCAUACUCUCGCUGUGCUGUUGUUCUUAACCACUCGGUACUCUUCCUGUAAGAUUCACAGAGAGCUCUUCGCAUACGGCACAUUCCGCUGUUCUCAAGCCACCGAAACAGCUUUCACCAGGAUGUGGGCCCAUGAGGUGUAAAGCAUCCCAUUACCGCACAUUAUCUUAGCAGCAGAGCCAACGAUGGACAGCCCAGCUUAUUCGGCCUUGCCGAAUCAGCGCUUGGUAGAGGGGUAUGCACCGCUCAACAACAUGCCCAGACCGAACCUGCCACUCACGCACGCGUUAUUGUGCUACGAGUGCAAAGAAGGCCUCUACGACCAAGAAAGUGUGUUGAGACAACUGCAUACCGUCCAUGGACAUCCGCAAAAUCUCCAGUGCAGCUGCGCAACCUGCGGUGCCAUCUUCCGGCCACCACAGGCGUUACCAGAACAGUCUCCCAGCGCGCAGCACCAUCUUCCUCGUCCGCCAGUGCUAUUUGGUCCUCACCAUGCUUACUUGGCGUCUCAACAGCUGGGCCAUCGAUUGCCAGCGCAGCGAUCACCACCGCGCACGCGAACCACGCCACCACAUUCCACCGCAGCAUAUGGCGAUGAGGACAGCGCGGUGGGCGCUGCUCCAGAAGCGGAACUCUACGACCAAGCUGAGGUAGCUAUCGCCGCAACACGCUGUUAUGCGCAUAUGAAUGCCAACCGACGGGGCCUGUCGUCAAAGGUGCAAGGGCUGCUGAAAUCCCACCAGCAACUGCAACCCAGAGACGCCACACCGCAGCAAAACCCGCAACUUGCAGCGCGCAAGAGACCCGCGCAGGAUGGCCGUGUUUCAAGGAGGCAAAAGUCUAGGACAAAUGGCAAGCGGCUUCGGACGGUCCGCGGUGUCGCACUGCCGCAAACCAAGACCUCGACAAGCCAGCCGCCUCCUAUUGAACCAGUGCUGAGGAUCAAGAAACUCCGCAGGAACCUCGUACCAACAAGCGAGCUAGCUGUCUCUGAGAGGCAAGACAGAAGGGUUCGCGAUUAUUCCAUGCGUGUUGCCAUUCAAGACCCUCUUGAGACGCCCAGAGAGCGUAAACUUCGCAGCCGCAUUGUUUCAGCAUUCUCUGAUCGGACGCAGUGGCCGCCGCAGUUGACCAUGUUGUCUGGAUCGUAUUCCACAGACCACCUCCUGGCGUACACCAACCAGAACCUACUUCCAGCUCGCUCACCGCGCCAAUUCGAUAAAGAAGAGUUGAGAGCAAUCCUAUUUCGCAUGACUAAGGAGAGGUUUCUGCUGUACGAGGGUGGUGAUCAAGGGACUGCAACUCUUCGCCAUCGGGCUGAAUGAACGAGGGGGAAAAGGAUCGCGGUGUUGCAGGGUAUCGAUGGAUUUGUUUGGCCGGGUUGAGAGCGUCAUGCAGGCAGCUCCAACGAAGCAUCAUGGCAUUUAGACGAUUAGAGCGUAGAUUGGGUACAGCAGAGCGCAACUAUCACAUGCAGCAUAUAGUAGAUAGAGUGCAAGGGCGACAGACGGGGGCUCACGACGUGUAGUCAAACGCAUCGUCCCGUCCUCGGGUGGCUGACCACAAGCGCUUACGCCUGUGGCCCACUAAUGCCUCCACCCGGCCCUGUAAUCAUUGGUCGUUGUUUAAGCAAUCCAUAGUCUGCUGAGUGUUGUCCACAUUUGAUCAUUGACCACGUAUCGAUAGUAUGAAUAUCGACCACAUCGUCUUAGUACUGUGCAGUCUGAUCAUCGUAGACCUCUUCGUAUCAAUCAAUUGUCGAUGGUGAGGAUUCAGGACUGCUGCCUCAGGCUUUUCUC